AUGUCCGCCUUGGGCCACCCACGGAAGAUGAGCCAAAAGCCUCUGCCAAUGGAAUCUCAUUUAGUGCCCCAAGUUCCACGUGGCAAUUACUUGAGCCUUCAGGAGGAGAAACAAAGACUGCACCUAAAGAAGUUCCUCAUCCACAGGAUGUUCAUCGUGGCCAGCAUACAAGAAAACACAGAGAAAACAGACAUUGCUGAGUACUACGAACAAGCGUUCCAGUCGAUUCUGAAACAUCACCUGGGAGAAGCAGUGACGGGUCUGCUGCUCGUCUACCCCACUUCCAUGCUGCACAUCCUUGAGUCAUCCAACGGGACUCUCUACCAAAUUCUUGAGGAAUAUCUGAGCCACCAAAAUGAAGAAUUUAUGAUCAAAGACAUGAAAAUCAUAGCCAUCUCCCAUAACAUCCCUUCGAGGCUCUUCAUGCAAUGGCACAUUUCACUAGUAAAGGUCCCAGUCAUGUAUCUCGAUGACGUGACACAGUCACAGACCCUGGAAGAGGUGAUCACAGAGUUUCUCACCCACACUCACAAACUAGGACUCUACCUCUUUAAGACUAUUAAGGUGGGUACGAAAGGAUUAGGUGAUAAUUUGCACCAAAUUGUACCUGACCUACUCCCCCCUGAGCAAAUCAUAAAGUACUUGUGCAAAUCUAAGGAAUUCAUGAACCCAGCAGAAUUCAUGAACAUGUACAACAAACCCAUCCACGUCACUUUGGAUUCUGAGAUAGUAUGGCCUGCACCUUCCUACUUCUAG